CUAUUACCCGUACUCGAACAACAUGAGCUUGAACCUAAUCUGAUUGUAGUCUGAAGUUGAGCUACACCGCAAUACAAGGUUUCGCGGGGUUUUGUAACCGAAGUUGGGCGAGGAAUCUUGGAAGGCGUGCCGUGUUUACGAUUGCGCUCUGCCCUCGAAGCAAUUUGUAGUGCAGUACCAGUUGUAGGGUUAGGAACAGAAAAUGCCUUCGUCAGUCAGUGAAGAGAUUGUCUUCUUUGUCAAUGGCAAAAAGGUUGUCGAAGCAAAGGCACAGCCAGAAAUGUCUUUACUCUGUUAUCUGCGAAAUCAUCUGGGUUUGACAGGUAGCAAGCUUGGAUGUGGAGAAGGUGGUUGUGGAGCUUGUACUGUUAUGAUUUCCAAGUAUGAUCAUGGAAGUAAGAAGAUAAAACACUUCUCUGCAAAUGGCUGUUUGAUGCCAUUGUGUGCUGUUGAUGGAAUGGCUGUAACCACGGUGGAAGGUAUUGGAAGCACCAAAACUGUCUUGCAUCCCGUACAGGAGCGAAUUGCCAAGUGUCAUGGGUCACAGUGUGGAUUUUGUACACCAGGGAUUGUGAUGUCGAUGUAUGCACUUUUAAGAAACAACCCUUUGCCAACUCAUAAAGAGAUGGAGAGUGCCUUUGAAGGUAAUUUAUGUCGCUGUACAGGUUAUCGUCCAAUUUUGGAAGGACUCAAAACCUUCACUCAGGAAUGUUGUGGUAAAGGCAUGAAUGGGUGCUGCUCUAAGAUGGACCAAAAUGGAACCACCAAUGGUACAGCACAGAAUGGAGUUUUAAAUGGCUGCAAGGAGUUGUUCAAGGCUACAGAGUUUACACCAUAUGACCCAACUCAGGAGGCCAUCUUCCCACCUGAGCUGAUGCUCCCAGAUGCUGCCAAGCCAAGAAAUCUAUGUAUUAGAGGAGAUCUUUCAACUUGGAUCAGACCAACCACGCUAGAAGAGUUGUUGGAGCUGAAGACAAAAUAUCCACAAGCUAAACUUGUGAUUGGUAACACUGAAAUAGGAAUUGAAAUGAAAUUCAAGAAACAGAAUUAUCCAAUCUUAUUAGCCCCGACUCACAUUCCGGAGCUGAAUGCCGUGGAACAUACAGCUGAGGGUAUCAGGGUUGGUGCGUCUGUGACACUAACUAAUCUGGAGGAGGUUCUUGAUGACGCCUGUCAAUCUAUGCCAGAAUACAAGACCAGAUGGUUUACAGGGAUACUUCACAUGCUCAAGUGGUUUGCUGGUCAUCAGAUUAGAAAUGUUGGGGCUAUUGGAGGGAACAUAAUGACAGCCAGUCCAAUAUCAGAUCUCAAUCCCGUGUUAAUGGCUGCGAGAUGCCGUCUUACACUAGCUGCUGCUGGAGGAAAAAGAAGAAAAGUGAAACUGGAUGAGAAUUUCUUCACUGGGUACAGAAGAACAAUUUUGCAACCAAAUGAAAUACUGGUUGAUAUUUGUAUUCCAUUCACUGAAAAGCACGAAUAUGUGUUUGCAUUUAAACAAGCUCGUCGGCGUGAAGAUGACAUCGCCAUAGUCAAUACAGGCAUGAGAGUGCUUUUUGACAAAGAAACACAACCCAGCUCAUGGAAAAUCCGGGAUUGCAGUUUCAGUUUCGGAGGCUUGGCUCCCACAACAGUCAUGGCGAUGAAAACCAUGAAUGGUCUCACUGGCAGAACUUGGAAUGAGAGCAUAGUACAGGAGGCUUGUCAGCUGUUAGCAGAAGAUCUGCCUCUUGCACCCGGAGCACCCGGUGGUCAGGUGGAGUACAGGAGAUCGCUCGCCUCAAGAUUCUUCUUCAAGUUCUUCUUAAAUGUCACUUUGCAGUUGAGUAAUCAAGAGGUGACGCCCAAGGCUGAUCUACCCAAGUCCUUUAUAAGUGGAACUGGUCAUUUCCAGAGAGAUGUAACAUACAGUACACAGACAUUUCAGGAAGUCCCCAGUGAUCAGUCAAUUGAAGAUGUAGUUGGUAGGCCUGUGCCUCACUUAGCAGCUGCCAAACAAACCACAGGAGAGGCAGUCUAUUGUGAUGACAUUCCUAAAUAUGCAGGAGAACUUUACCUGGGCGUCGUCUUCAGCAAGCGUGCACAUGCGAAAAUCCUUGGUGUUGACCCAAGUGAAGCACUUCGUCAACCAGGAGUUAAAACAUAUGUUGGUGCAGAUGAUGUACCAGGCCGCAAUGCAUCAGGGCCUGUAAUCUUUGACGAAGAGAUCUUUGCCUCAGAAAAGGUGACAUGCGUGGGUCAGAUAAUUGGUGGCAUUGUUGCUGAAACUCAGGCCCAGGCCCAAAAAGCAGCAGGGAUGGUGAAAGUCACCUAUGAGGACCUGCCCAGAAUAAUAACCAUUGAGGAAGCCAUAUCUGCAGAGUCAUAUUUGAACCCUGAACCAAUGUGUAUUCAGAAAGGAGACCUAGUGACAGGAUUUGCUGAAUCACUUCAUGUUUUAGAAGGGCAGAUGAGAGUGGGAGGACAGGAACACUUGUAUCUCGAGACACAAGCCACGAUCGCUGUUCCCAAAGGAGAAGAUGGCGAGAUGGAACUUUUUGUUUCCACACAAAAUCCAACGUUGACACAGAAACUUGUCGCGAGUGCACUGGGCGUACCUGCCAACAGAAUAGUCGUGCGUACCAAGAGAAUGGGUGGUGGAUUUGGUGGUAAAGAGACUCGUAACUGCUCUCUUAGCAAUGUUGUGGCUGUGGCUGCAGCUAAGGUUGGUAAGCCUGUGCGUUGCAUGCUUGACCGAGAUGAAGACAUGAAAAGUACUGGCACUAGACACCCAUUCUUAGCGAAGUACAAGGUCGGCUUCACAGCAAAUGGAAAAAUCAAAGCUCUCGAUGUCAAGAUGUACAGUAAUGCUGGAAAUUCCUUGGAUUUGUCAAAAUCUGUUAUGGAGCGUGCGAUUUUUCACAUGGAAAAUUGUUACCUUAUUCCAAACAUCCGGGGACGUGGCUAUUUGUGCAAGACCAACAUCCCUUCAAACACUGCAUUCAGAGGAUUCGGCGGGCCCCAGGGUAUGAUGUUUGCUGAAUCGUGGAUAAAUGAUAUCGCAGUCACUUGUGGUAUUUCGCAAAGACGGGUCAGAGAGUUGAACUUUUAUCAAGAAGGAGAUGUAACUCAUUUCAACCAAGAACUGGCCAGUUGUCAUAUUCAGCGUGUUUGGGACGAGUUAGUUGAGAGGUGUCUCUACGAAAAAAGAAGAGAACACAUUCAGGCUUUCAACAGGGAAAACCGGUGGCGAAAACGAGGCAUUGCACUGACGCCUACCAAGUUUGGUAUUAGUUUCACAGCUACUUUUAUGAAUCAGGCUGGUGCGCUCGUUCAUGUUUAUACUGACGGAUCAGUUCUCCUAACUCAUGGCGGAACAGAAAUGGGCCAAGGUCUGCAUACCAAAAUGAGACAGAUAGCCUCUCGUAUUUUUGGUAUCCCUGUGAGUAAAAUCCACAUAUCCGAGACAAGUACCAACACAGUUGCAAACACAUCUCCAACAGCAGCAUCGGCUUCCUCUGAUCUUAACGGCAUGGCGGUGAAGAUUGCUUGCGAGCAAGUUAUGGAGAGGUUAAAGCCAUAUAAAAUGGAAAAUCCAAAAGGAAAGUGGGAAGAAUGGGUGGAGGGAGGUUUUGUUCAAGGAAUGGGCAUGUUCACCCUGGAAGAAGUGCGUUACUCUCAGACUGGCUUACCAUGGACGCAAGGGCCUGGUGCCUACAAAAUUCCCGGAUUUUCAGACAUUCCAGUGGAGUUUUAUGUUCACCUCUUACGAAGUGCCCCGAACGAAAAGGCAGUCUUUUCUUCAAAGGCUGUAGGAGAGCCACCUUUAUUUCUCGCCUCUUCUGUGUUUUACGCUAUUAAAGAUGCCAUUACGUUUGCCAGGCGUGAAUCAGGUAUUGAAGGGAUCUUCAGACUGGACAGUCCAGCCACCAGUGAGCGUAUGAGAAUGGCUUGUGUUGACCAGUUUACUCAACAGUUCACGCCGCUUGCGGAUCCAACCGUGAAAGACUUUAAUUUGUAUCCGUGAGGACUUGAACAGCGUUGAUCAACAAGAUGUAGACUACAUAACUUCAUUCAUCAUUUAAUGAAUUUCUUGCAAAUAAUUACAAAGUAGUUACAAAUAGGUGUGGGUAUUUGAAUCGUUCGGUAUACCUGGGUCCAUGAGAUUCACACAAUUUCCCCUAUGACCCGACCCUUAAAAAAAAAAAAGAAAAGAAUAUUUUGAAAUUAGAUUUUCGUUCCAAGACUGUGACCAAAGAUCUCUGAGACUUACAGAUUCUUCACCACUGAUUUGUUUACGGCCUACUUAAAGUGAGGCCCGUUCCACGGGAAGAUUUUGAUCCCAGUCGCCCGGCGGAAAUCAUAUAACAACCCCCUUAAAAUCCUUAGUAUUUUGACACUCUUUGUUAUAGUUUCUUGCUAGUGAUUAGCUAGAAACUAAGGAAACUAUAAUUGCACCUAAAAUUCCACUCGGUAUUCAUGUUUAAGUCGUGGAAAUGAAUAUGAACUGAGGUGUUCUUUAGAUUAAAAGCAAACUAUAAUGUUAUGCCGUUAUAAUUAACUUAUUUUUUGAAAGAAAAAUGGAGACUGUGAAUUAUAGUGUAUUUGUGCAUUAAGGUCUGUCUACCUAUGUUUAUACAUACGAAUAAAGAAAUACUGCAUUUCGGUGGCAUGAACAACCUAGCCAUUUUUUGACUGGUCGUUAGUGUACUCAGUGACUGAUUUUUGUCUAAGAUCAAACAUUGCUAUAAGAAAAUACAUAUUUUAUUAAUCACAUUCUAUUUCCUCCUCAGAAUGUUAACUAAUCUCGUACGUGUAAUUUGUAAGAGAGUAAUGGCGAUUAUUAUGUAAGAAUGAUUUCCAUGUUACCGUAUGCGAACAAAUGUAUUAGGGGUAACAAUGUAUGAUUUUGGCAUGAAAUUAGUUGUAAUUUUUAGUAUUUUUCCGGCACAUUAUAUAUUUCAAUAUUGAAAUAAAUUAUUGUUGAGCCAUUUUCACAACGA